CCCUUCCCCUCCUCCGAGAGUCCUGUCUGCGUCAAUGGGGCAGAGCGUGUCUGGACAAACAAACAAAAAGUGAACACGGAAGGAGGAAUUAUCCCAAAUGAAGUUAGAUUUUACUUUGUUAUUCUUUCAAAAACUCAUCUAGAAAAUAUACCCAGUUAAAGAAAAAAAAAUCGGUCAAAAUUCCAAAACUUCGCAGCACGCUCCUCUCUCUUUCUAGAGAACGGAUUGAUCCGAGGACAGACGUCCCACCAUAGAACGAAACGCCCCAAUACCCAUCACACAUGUGACCCGAGAUAGACUCUGCACAUUUCCUCAACGAGGUGCUGUGGUGAAGUCCUCAGGAUUGUUGGACCAACGCUUCUAAAAGGUUUUAACAGUGUGAAAAUACCUUCCAACAGCCAUGAUGGAUAAAGAGGAGACCAGUGACACUGACAGUGGGAUCAUUCUCAACUCUGGUCCCGACAGCCCCACGUUGCCAGUCAAGGACCUGACCACCCACACCCGGGCCAUGAGGCUGAAGCACCAGGCUCUGGAGAACAGGCUGGAGCUGUGUCUACUGGACCUCAAGAAGCUCUGCAUUAGAGAGGCUGAGCUGACAGGUAAGUUGUCUUCAGACUACCCCCUACUUCCUGAUGAGAAGCCACCUCGUGUCCGGAGGAGGAUAGGAGCUACCUUCAAACUGGAUGGCAGUCUCAUUCACCAGGAUGGAGAGGAUUCAGAGCUUCAUUCCUUAGAGGCAGACCUGGCCUUGCAGCUCCAGAUCGUUGAAGCGGCCCGUAGACUCUCAGUGGAGGAGCACCUGUCCAAACCACAGAAGAAGAGCAGGCUGCAGCAGUGUAAGAGGGAAGAUAGGAAAGUUAAGGAUCUCCAGGAAGCUGUGUUUCAGCACAGGAUCAGAAACGAGUGCUCCUCUCCACCGACCAACAAGAACAACAACACAGCCAAACACAGAGAUCUGUGCAUGUCCGACGACAGCUCCCUGUCUGAUGCAGUGGCCCUGGACGAUGACUCUCUCUCUUCCUCAUCAUCUGUCGACCCACUCAUACAGUCCUCUGUGGGCUCCCUGUCCCUCCAGUCCUCCUCAUCCCAGGGCAGUCUCCAUCACAUCUCAGCCCAGAGCCUCAGCUCCAGCUGCAGUGUGGAGCAGACCCAAACCUCCAGUAUGGGCUCCAGCUGCAGUGUGGAGUUUCCUGAGCGCUCCCCCAUCCAGAACUCCCCCUGGAGAGAGUCUAAUCUGGACCAGCCCUAUCUGAAACCUAACACUGUCUGCAGCAGCAGGCCAAGAAGUCCAGUAGGGACCCCAGUAGGGACCCCAGUGUUCCCUGCAGACAGCAGAGUCCUGCCCUCCCACUUCCCCUCCAUUAAGAACCUGGCUCUGAGACAUGGACAGAUCAACUCCUCCAGCGCCCCCUCGACUCCAGAGCUGCACGUACGCAGACAGUACUCCCUGUCCUUCAGGCUUCCCAGAAGUAAGCCCACUCAUGACCUGGGUGAGGGACGUGGGAGAGCCAGGUUGCCACGCCGACGGCCAGAGUUCCUGGUUCGGUCUCCACAGUACACCCCCCAGCGUCUGUACCAGUCCAGCUCUGAACACUCUGUCCCAUCCUACACCAGCCCCCAGCGACUGUACCAGUCCAGCUCUGAGGACAGCAGCUCUGAACACUCUGUCCCCUCCUACACCAGCCCCCCCAGCCGGGACACGGACAGAGAUAAUCACAAAGAGAGGGAGGGCCCCGCAUCUCCCGAGAUCCCCAAGCUCUGCCCUCCUCCCUAUGGCUUCCACUACGGAGCCCAAAGUCCCACCAGCCCUGCGUUGAAUGGCUCCAGCUUUCACAAGAAAAACAACCAGCACCGGUCCUCUCCCAGCUUGAGAAGAAGAAUGGCAGAGGAAGGCACAUGUUCCCCUCUUUCCCCACAGGACCUGGGCAGUCCCCUGGGGAAGGGUCUUUACCUGUCCCCCUCCCGGCCCCCACAGCAACAGCAGCAGCACAGACGCUGGCAGCAGGGGCCCCCACCGUCAUCCCCCAGGAGAGUUCUGAAGCCUCCACCCCCCUACACUCGCCUGGUACAUACCCCGUCACUGAGGGAGUACCCCAAUCAACCUGCCCGGGUGUUGCCCAGGGAAAUGUCGUCAGACGAGCUCAAGUCCUGGAACCAGUUCCAAAAGUCACGCCCGAGUUCCCUGGAAGGCCAAGGGUCGUUCAGAGUGAAGAGCCCCACGUCCCCUCACCUCCCGCCCUACCUGCAGGGUCCCCACCAGAAGCGGAUCCUUCAGAGGGCUGCAGAUGGAACUCCUGUACAGUGGUUUGUUGAAGAGGACUCAGAGAUCGUCAGCCAGGUGUAACCACAGCCAUAUACAGUAUAUGGUACACAAUAUAUAUCUAUAUCUAUGCAGUAUAUGUCUCUGGUUGUAACCAGGGGGAGUUGCCCUACUGUAGUAUAUGUCUCUGGUUGUAACCAGGGGGAGUUGCCCUACUGUAGUAUAUGUCUCUGGUUGUAACCAGGGGGAGUUGCCCUACUGCAGUAUAUGUCUCUGGCUGUAACCAGGGGGAGUUACCCUACUGCAGUAUAUGUCUCUGGCUGUAACCAGGGGGAGUUACCCUACUGCAGUAUGCUAUGCUACACACAAGGAGGGAAUGACUUUCUAGAGACUUGAGUAUGUCUGUAUUUUUUGAGUCAAUGGACUCUCUGUGAGAUUAUAUGUCCCUGGUGAGGGACAACUGUCCUCGACAAAAUGAAGAAGAUCUUGGCUCCAUGUGUAGUAGGGCACCGUGAAAAGUAUCUAGCUCGACCACUAUUUUAUCGAAUGCUUUAUGCAAAGCAAGUUUGACAUUUCUAUAUAAAGGCACUUUGCCAGUUAAUUUAUUUUAUUUAAAAAAUUACGUUAUUAUUAUUAUCAGGUGAAUCAAUUAGAUUAUUUUCUUCAGGUUAAAUAUGAUAUGUGUUUGUAACAAGUUUCAUACAUUUGUUAAUGACUAUAACAUAUCAAGAUUACUGUAGAAGUUGCGUGUCUUACUGUAGAAGUUGCGUGUCUUACUGUAGAAGUUGCGUGUCUUACUGUAGAAGUUGCGUGUCUUACUGUAGAAGUUGCGUGUCUUACUGUAGAAGUUACGUGUCUUACUGUAGAAGUUACGUGUCUGGCACACAUAUUUGCACAACAAGGUUCACGUAGUUUCCAAAUGAAGUUACGUCAUUUUUAAUAUAAUUAUUUAUUUAUUUAUAUUUGUUUUCUUUCUUUAUCUAUUACAUUGGGAGUAAUAAAGCUGUAACAUUCCUAAUAUAAUUAUGUAUUUAUUUAAUUGAAUGUCUACAUUAUCUUUGUUUUCUCUUUUAACUUAAGGGAUCCUUCAGCACAACUGUCACUAAAUCCUUAAUAUAAUUGUAUUAUAUUAUUUUUUAACAUCAUUUAGAAAAUAGAACUAGAAAAUGCUAGAAAGUGUCUGUUUCUCUGUAAGCUGUAGUACAAUAACAUGAAAUAAGCUGCACAUUAACCUGUUAAACUUUUAAUUUAUAUUAACCUAAGAUGCAUUUGAUUCUAAUUGGUUUGUUUGAGGCAUAAUUGUGUUGGGAGGUUUUCACUGCAUUGCGGAUUUGUUGUGGUACUAACCAGUUUAUUGUCUACGUUUUGAUAUCGUUUCUAUAUUUAUAAUUAAAAGGCUUGUUAUGACUGA